AUGGUAAAUUGCUCUAUCAGUUGUAUCCAUGGAGAAUGCAUAGAAAAAUGGAACGGGCACAAAUGUUUGUGCGAUCCUUUUUGGUCUGGUGAAAAUUGCGAUUCAAUAUGGAAGUUUCUCAUUUGCACUGCAGUGUUUUUCACGGGCUUCUUUGGAAUUCUUGCGACACUUUCGUGCACGUUUGGAAAUGACGCCUCGAAUGUUUUUCGGAAUAAUCCGUUGUCAGAGUGUGACAGCGACGGCGAAGAUUGCGAUGCAUGGCGGCCCAAAGAUCCGAAAUACGAUCUGGCGCAGGAUAAGGACGUCAGGGAUCAGAUCGAAAACGUCAGGAAAGAUGCGAUACUAGAAUUGAAAAAGAUCACGAUAUGA